CCCACUUAUUAACCUAACUGCCUAACCGUCAUGUCAUCACCUAUUCACCUUUCUCCUUCAUCAUCAACUUCACUUUGUGUAAACAUUUCUUUUCCCUAAAGAAAACAAAAUACGAUCAUGAAGCUCGUCUGGUCGCCGGAAACAGCCUCUAACGCUUACAUCCACACCAUUAGAGCUUGUAAAAGCUACAAAGAAUCGAGUGUGGCUGAGUAUUUAUCGGCUACAGCGGCGGGAUGGAACACGAGGCUGAUCGUCGAGACUUGGAGACGAGGAGAUCCGAUCGCCACCAGCGUCGGAAUCGCCGUCGCGGCCAUCCAUACGUGCGGAAGACACGUGUGCAUAGUUCCCGACGAGGAGUCGAGAACGGAGUACGAGAAUGUGAUGAAAAGAGCUCUUUCGAGUGAAGCGACGGAGGUAGUGGUUGGAGAAUCGGCGGAGGAUGUGGUGGAGAGACUUUCCGGCGUGGAUUUCAUGGUGGUGGACUCGAAACGCCGCGAGUUCGUUAAGGCGUUGGGACUAUCGAACACGAGCGAAAUGUGUGCCGUUUUGGUGUGCAACAACGCCACCCAUAUUCUAUCCCUGGACUUAAAUGGCACGAUGUUUUGAGAAGAGACACACGCGUCGUGCAAUCGGUGUUUUUACCCGUUGGGGGAGGGUUAGAUAUUGCACACGUGGGAGCCAGUAAUGAUUUGAAGAAGCUUCCUAGCCGUUGGAUUAAACACAUCGAUCCAUGAUCUGGAAAGGAAGUAUUUGUUCAAGCGUUGAUAAUAUAAACAAUUUGGGUAAUUAGCCCAAAAAGGAGAAGAUUUUUAAAUUCUUUUUUAAUGUUGUAAACAAAAACAUUGUGAUGGGAUUGAUCUUUUUUUGGUCAAAGUUUGAAAAUAGUUAAAUUUAAAAAAAAAAUUAAAA